CGUGGUCUUUCUCUCUCUCACUCACUGGUAGACGUGGGCGGCCCCGUGUGGUCGGGAGAACGAAACAUGACACUCAGAAACGGAGGAGAGCGAGGGGGCGACGGGGGAAAAGAGCGCACGGGGAGUGAGUGGAAAAAAAAUAAGAGGGGGGUGCUAAAAAAUAAAAAAAUAAAAAGAGACAGCGAGAGAGAACAUUUAGAGAAAAGCACCAGACACUAUAGAUAUCUUUGUUUCUAUUGGUAUGUUUUGACCGUCAGAAUGAUGUGGUGCAGCUCUGCAACGCGACCAAACUAAUUAGUAAUUUAGCAAGUAGCGUUCAGGCCACUGGCGCCCGGAGACGCACACGGCUACACCGCGGAACUCCUCUCCCAUCUUGGCUACUGUUGGAGCACAAGUGCGGCUCUUCUGGAGUAAAACAACGUCCAGUCGAAAUCCAGAUCGAUGAGGGACGGCGGAGGAGUGGAGUAGAGUGGAGCAGAGGAUAGAAAGAAGGGACGCUGGUGGCGUGAAAGUAGCUAAAAGGGUAGGGAAAAGUUAGCGAGGAGUUUGUUUGCGGCGAGCAGAGGACUGGUUAGCGGAUCCGGGCUCAGGGAGACCAUGAAGACCGCGGGGGAUUCCGGGUUUGCCUUCCCAGAAUGGGCGUACAAGCCGGAGUCAAGCCCGGGCUCCAGACAGAUCCAGCUGUGGCAUUUCAUCCUGGAGCUGCUCAGGAAGGAGGAGUACCACGAUGUCAUUGCCUGGCAGGGCGACUACGGCGAGUUCGUCAUCAAGGACCCGGACGAGGUGGCUCGACUGUGGGGUGCCCGUAAGUGCAAACCUCAGAUGAACUACGACAAGCUCAGCCGAGCGCUCAGAUACUACUACAAUAAAAGGAUCCUGCACAAGACUAAAGGGAAAAGGUUCACCUACAAGUUUAAUUUCAACAAGCUUGUGCUCGUCAACUACCCGUUCAUUGACAUGGGGUCUGCAGGUUCCAGUGUGCCCCAGAGUGCUCCACCCAUCCCAUCAGGUGUUGGAUCCCACUUUCGUUUCCCUCCUUCUACUCCAUCUGAUGUUCUCUCCCCGAAUGGUGAAGAGCUGCGCAGUCCUGGAGUGUUUGCCAGUGUGGCCCGGAGGGCGGCGCGGGGGUCUGUGUCCGACUGCAGCGACGGCACCUCUGUAGCCUCAGAGCUGGAGGAGGUGGGCAUCACUGCCAGUGACGAGCGCCCAGCAGAGCGAGCCUUCAGAUCUCUGUUCCUGCCACACCAUCCGCGGCUAAAUCACGACUCUCUGUUUCGCAUGUAUGGUGUUCCUCCCCCUGGCCCUGUACCCUUCCCUGCCUCACCUCUGCCUGGUGGCGCCCUGCUGCCCCCGCAACUCUCACCUGCCCUCUCCAUGACUUCAACACCAACCUCACACCUGCCCUAUACACCCUCGCCCUCACUGGCGUCACCCAUGCCCGGCUCACGCUUCUCCUUCAGCCCUGAAGACAUGAAGCGCUAUCUGCAAGCACAUGCUCAGAGUGUCUACAACUACCACCUCAGUCCACGUGCCUUCCCACACUACCCCAGUAUUGUUGUACCCCAGCCGCAGCGUCCUGAUAAGGGCCUGGCAGGGCCGCCAGUGGGCACACACUUCGCUGCUCACCCACUGCACCACCAGCAGCCUGAAGAGCCACACCCCUCACCCUUUAAAUUCAAGCUUCAGCCACCACCGCUGGGCCGAAAGCACCGGGAUGGCCCGCCCUCCUCAGCAGCAGGACACAUUCCUUCUGGUUCUGCCUCCACGGGCUUGUUUGUGGGUGAAAGUGGCUCUGGCAUAGGCCAGGGUUCCAAUUCUGCACCUUCUGGACUGGCCAACAGUGGCUCCGGAGGGCCACCAAAGAUCAAGGUUGAGCCUGUCUCAGACAUAGAAUCAGAGGAAGAAGUAGAGGUCACUGAUAUAAGCGAAGAAGAUGACAACUGUGAUGUGUUUGCCCCAUCACACUGCAACGGAGGAUCUGCCCUUCUGCCCGGCCCUGAUGGGAUCAUAGACAAUGAGGAGGAUGAUCUUGAGGAAGAUGUAUUUAAGACUCCAGCAGCACCCCCUUCUGGUGCUAUUAGUGGCAUUGCCAUUGGGGUUGGCAUGACGUUGCCAGGCCUCAAAGCUGAACCCAGAGAGGGAAGUCCCAGCAGCCCCAGUGGCACCCAGUGCAUCCCGCUGAAACUGCGCUUCAAGCGCCGCUGGAGUGAAGACCAGCGAAUGGAGGCAGAAACCGAGGAGGCUGAAGACAAAAAGAGCCGUGCUGAAAAGGAGGAACCCUCAGCCCGAGAAGCGCAACCUCAAAGGGUACAGCCAAACGACGAGGGAAGAAGCCUUGUGAACUUGGCCGCACCCCUGAGCUCGGGCAAGAGGAGAGUGAGCUCCGAGCUUCAGAAAGCAACAGCGCAAUUAUCUUUAGAAAACAAUGGGUGCUGAGGAGAGAAUUGUGCAUACUGUCAUAUGUAAGAUGAUAGGCACCGAUCUGUGCUUAGCUAUUGGCUGUGGAUACAGACUUACACACAUUCAGAACCAUUGGCUGAAAAAUUAAAUCUAUAUGCAGUAACUCUCAGCGGUUUUCCACACAUGAAUGCCUGACGCAUGCUGACUUCAAGGUGCUGAGACACUACAAAUGGCUGAUACUGACUGCUCCUCCUCUGCAGGAUGAUUCAAAAAGUCCCACACCCACGUUUGACCUUCUCACCCCCUUGGUCUGCUCCAUUUCUCAACCACGCCUAUCAAAUUUUCAUGAAUAAACUGACCAUUACGCACUAUAAUGGACGUUUCUUUUCCUUGGAACUCCUUAGUGACUCUGCUAUUUACAUUAAAGGGAGGAGCAUCGAUGCCUUUCCAACACAGUUUAACAAACAACAAAGUGCCUGAAAUGGUCAACAUAGUCUGCUAUAUAGAGCAAUGAGUAAAGGAGCUGAUAUUGAGAGAUGACCUUUCCCACCUCUGGGCUGUAGUGCUUCUGACUAAUUGGACAUGUAAAGUCACACCUUGUCAUUCAACGAUGGCUUUUUAUCCUCCCAGACAUUAAGUUAAGAACAGUCCUCUGUCAGCAUGACGUUCUUAAAGAAGUCUCAGGUCCUCGGAGGGACGUUUUUGCUGUACAAGUUGCUGAAGCCUUUUUGCUCGCAAAACAGUACCUCCUUACAGUCACUGCCUUCACACCUUGAUGCUACACACUAACUGCUAAACACUGCCUUAUAACGCUCGUGGGGUCCACAAAAGAGUUUCAGAGGCAUAGCAGAGCACCUCUCUGUCCCCAGUCCUAUUCACUCAGCUUCUGUUAGUUAAAGGGACCACUUGAACUUUCACUGAUGUCUCCAGAUGUAAAUACAUCCCUGAUGCAGCAUAGAUUUUAGCGUACCUACCCUCUUUAAAGCUUGGCAUUAAUUCCUGCGACCAAGUACGAUUUGUAUAUAAUGACUGGUUCUCCCCUUUUAAUCAAUUUUGACCCUGAAAGAGACAGUACUGCACAAUGAGCAGUUGCUCUUACAGGUGAGAGUGGUGAAUAGAAGAUUGUAGCAUGUUUUCAAAGUCCUUGAUGCCUGUCUAAAGAAUUCUUGAAAAAUAGCAGGUUCGUGAGCAAAAAUCUCAGGCACACGUCAGCAAGUCCUAACCUCGACUCUAUGGGUCCAUGAAGCCUUUUACAGAAAGAAUUUAAAACGUGAGAUUGUGCCUUUUUCUAUACAAGCAGAUUUGCUUUCCUAUUCUUUAAAAACAAAACAAAAAAAACCCACCACAUUUAAACAGAAAAAGACUCAACCUCAGAUUUGGGCGGCUGUGGCUUAGGUGGUAGAGCGGGUUGUCCACUAAUGCCGGCCCACAUACCGAAGUGUCCUUGGGCAAGACACUGAACCCCAAGUUGCUCCUCAUGACAGGCUAGCACCUUGCGUGGCAGCUCUGCUGUCAUUAGUGUGUGUGGGUGUGUGGGUGUGUGGGUGUGUGGGUGUGUGUGUGGGUGUGAAUGGGUGAAUAAGACACAGUGUAUGUGCUUUGUAGAACCGCAGAGGUAAAAAAAAAAAAAAAAGCGCUAUAUAAGUGCAGACCAUUUACUUCUGUAUUGUCUUGGACUUGUAUUUUUUUUAGGAGAAAGAACAUCAAAAUAAAGCCCAUAUAUUGCAUACAUUCAUUAUAUAUAUUUGAUACAGAUAAUCUAUAUUCAAAACUUUGAAUAGUUUUGAUAAUUCUAUUUUUAAAGAUAAGAAUAUUUAAAAUAUGCGCAAGACCUCAAAUGUGUAAUUACAGGGAUCCUACAUUGCUUUUCUGAGAAUGAUUAGGGUUUACAAAGUGUUAUUAAAGACAAGACAGGAAGUGAUUGUACCUUAAGCAUUGAUAUUUUUAUGAUAAAUUUCCCACACAUGCACGAUCAUACACAGAAGCAGAAUGCAAGGUGAAGGCAGGGAUAUUUCACUCAAGUUGAACUGAAUUGUCGCUCCUCGGCGCAUACAUGAGCUAGUGCUUUCGUUAGAACCGCGUUUAAUGGCAUUGAAGGUUCUGUAGAGUAGAUGAGAUCAUGCAGGAGCAAUCCCUGACCUCAGGAAAUAAAGCAGGUCCGGGUCAAAUCCGAAAAAAGUUCAAUAUUACACCCUUAAGUCAGUGGAACAUAACAACUGAGGCAGAUUAAAACAUUUUAAAUGUGUAAUUUUUUUUUGUUUUGUUUUUUUUUCUUUCCAUUGCUGAGUACAUACUGUAAGCAAAUCUAUGGCAGUGCAAAACUUUGCCACAGCUUUCCCCCUUUUGCUUUAUCCCUUGAUUUCUCUCUCUCUCUCUUUUAAAAGCUUUAGAUGGAGUUCAUCAGCGCUGCAUUACACCAGCUCUGCCUGACAGCUGCCUUACUUAUUCAUACUUGUAAAAGAAUUUCAGAUAUUUUUCAUAUCUUCAGUAUAGACAUUGCUGUUUUUAUUCUACCUAUUCAUGUCGUCAUUUAUUAUUUUUAAACAGUGAUAUUUUGUACCCUUUCUUGAAAGAUUUCAGUUUCAGCAAAGUGUAUUCCAAAUUCGUAAUGGCAAACACAGUCCUUGCUUUGUAGCUUGCCUUGUACGCUGGUUUUAAUCAUUAAAAAGCCAGAAAAAGGGGAGGGGUAACAUUAUGCUAUCACAUUAUUUUUAUCUAAAUAUAUUCUUCUUUUUUUUUUUUUUUUUUAAUCUUUUGUGUACAUAUAUAUAUAUAAUUUUUUUUUCAUUUUGGUGGACUGUAGAACAAUGAAGAAGUUUCUUUAUUGUGUAUAAGGUGUCUCUUUCUUUUCUGUACAUGUAUUAAUCUCUUCCUCACCCGCACAUAUGCUUAUACUCUCAGCAGUUAUGUGUAACACUCUAAAGAAGAUAUGUAACUUGACAUCAUGAGGAAAUGUAUUUUAGUUUCUCCUUUUUAAAACUAUAAUCAGGGUUCAUUAAAAACAGGUAAACGUGAAUCAAAUUGCCUUAGGUGUCUUUUUGUAUUAUUAUUUCUUUUAUUCAAAUGUUGGCUAAAGAUAAAUCAUAGCUGCUUGGUGUGUAUAGACAUGCAAGUCUACUACAUGAACAUCUAACGCUGCAGUUUUUGUCUAUUAGUCCCUGAGAUGUUCUGUACCUUUCAUAACGAUCAUUUUCAGGUGAUAGUCUCUACUGUUGCUGUGCAAACAAAAAGAUCUGAAGAUUUCAAUCAAGAGAAAACAAUCAGGAGAUCACAAGUUCAAAUUUGGAGCAAAGUUGCUCUCUGGGUGUCCUGGGUCCAUGAAAGGUAAAUUCCUCAGGACUACAGAUGCUUUGCUUAACUUAAGGCCAAAACUAAUUCAGUCUCGAGUAGGCACUGCAGGUCACGGCCAAAACCAAUGCUAGAACCAACCAUAGAAGACGGUAAAUCCUUGUUUAUUUAUUCACAGUUAGUCGUUUGUUUGGGUGAAAAGAUUUUGUUUGGUUUUUUUUUUACAUUACAAUUUUUUUUAUUGAUAUUAAAUCAUCUGAAAUAUUUAAUACUGAAAAGGAGAGAAAUCCCAUAAAAGAGAGGCUUUAACAUUUUAAAAGAUUUUGUGAUUUUUAAAAUCACAAUACUCAUGAUAUCUCAGAAGAGUAAAAAGUCCAGGUGACUUUAUUUCUAAUCUUCAGCUGUCCAGUGUGGGUGAGUCUCCUCUUCUGACAGGACUGAACCCCCAUGUGGUCUUCUGCUGUUGUAGCUCAUCCACCACAACGGUCGACUUCUUGUGCUCUCUGAGAUGCGUUUCUGCUCACCACGGUUGUAAAGAGUGAUUAUAUGAGUUACUAUAUCCUUCCUGUCAGCUCAGACCAGGCUUGUCAUUCUCCUCUGAUCUCUCAUCAAUAAUGAUGUUCCAAACUGCAGACCCUCUGCCCACACGAGGUUUUGUUUUUUGCACCAUUCUGUGUAAACUCUCUUAAAGUCGCACUUUGUCUUCAUUCUGAUGUUUGAUGUGAACAUUAGCUGAAGUUCUUGACCUGUAGCUGCAUGAUUUUAUGCAUUGUGCUGCUGCCACAUGAUUGGCUGAUUAGAUAACUGCAUGAAUGAGAAGGUGUACCAUCCACUUUCCUAUUAAAGUGCAUGGUGAGUGUAUUAUAGGAAAUUCCUGUAUUUCCUGUCGUGGUUUCCAGGUGACACUUUUAUUAUAGAAAUGUCCAUUUUAUUUGACAUUUGAUCAACAAAAUUAAAUUCCAUGUUCAUUUCAUUGUUUUCUCCUACUGAACACCUUUAUAUUAUUAUUAUUAUUAUUAUUAGCAAAGGUUUUCACUCAGUGGAUAUGCUUUAGUUCAGCUAAAAUCGAUGAUGGUCCAAUAAUAUAAAAACGACUUCUUAUAAAGUUAUAAACAUGCGCAUUAAGCAGCUAACAUAACUAACUGGUUACCUUUGAAUACUUAACGCAAGGCUUCCCAAGCUAGGGGUCCGGACCCCACGUGUGGUUCCUGAAUUACAAAAGGUUGUGAGAGAGACUCAAUCUCCAGAUUUAUUUUACAAGUUAAUAGUAUUUAUUGUGUGUUGCUGAGAUUCAGAUACUUCUCCCCUCCAUGGAACCUUGAAGGAUCUGACCGAGAGAUAGGAUUCUACACAGCACAGAGUCGUUACAGUGAAACCUAGACUGGAGAGAGUUGACAGGAGGAUCUGAUGAUUCACAGUGCCAUGGUGGCAGAGAGGUCAAGUAGACGACCGAUGAUCUUCAGGUUGAUCUCGCUAGUCAUAAGACUUCAGUGAUGGUCACUG